AUGGGGGUCAACUCCAGCAAGUCCGCAACCCUCAAGACAGUAGCAUCGACCAAAGAUGCUAGCCAGAACAACAAGCGAAAGGCCUCGGGCAAGAACUCGCUCUGCUCGGGUUGCCGGCGGGCGCGGCAGCAGCCCGACUGGCCGGACCGGCUGCUGAGCGCCAUGGCGUGGCUGUACUGCAGCCGCUGCAAGAUGGAGCACCGGGCCUGGCUCUUCUCGGCCGACCAGCGGCGCCGACCCUGCCGCAAGCGCAUCUGCAUCGGCCACGAGGGCCGCCUCCGCAUCUGCGCCCACAAGGCCGUCUCCUGGGCCAUGCUGCGCAGCGUCGCCGAGGCGGACGGCUGGGACGGCGCCACCGCCGCCGACGUCGGACUGCCCCAGCUCGUGGCCGGCUGUGGGAGGGACUGCGUCGCCGCGGCUGGGCCGAGCAUGGGUGCGGGUCCCGGAGCUGCUGCGGAUCCACGCCUCACCAUGUCCAUCACCCCGUCGGGCGGCUGGUUGUUGAGGGUGGGCUGGGCGGUGUAUGUUGGUGGAGAGGAUGGCGGCCGCACCCUCCCGACGGCGGACCAGCUCUUCGAAAGGCUGGCUGAGCUGCGGGCUGCGGUGGGGAUGCACAUUUUCCGCGGCAACUCGGCGGUGGACUUCCCCGAGGUCGGCACCCUCGAUCCAACAGGGUGCCAGUGUCUCCUGGUCCACGAGGACUCGCCCAAGACGACCGGUGUCUGCGUGGGGAAUGCGCGGCGGGCCGGGACGUGUCUGACCAGGGACGGGGGCUGGCCGCCAAACGACCACGAGGAGGCGCUGCUGUGCCGGAGGGACGCGGUGCGGAUGGCGCACGCCGUGUACGGGAGGAGGCAGUGGACGCCAAAGAACACGGCCGAGUACGUCUUUACCCUGUCGAGGUACGAGACGGACAACACGUACACCGCCAGCUGGGCGCGCUAUAUCUACCUGCCUCAGUCCGAGGCCGUCGAGUCCAUGACGAGUUGUCCGUUGAGCUGGUGUCUGGCGCUCGACCCGGACUCGUAUCGACUGACCAAGGAUACUGAAGGGCUGAAUGUGUAUUGGUGCCGGGAAGAGGAAUGCAUGAACCAUUAUCAGUAUAGGGGGCCGCCAGAGGUGGACAGUUCUCAGAGCAGGCCUUCACCUUGUGCCUGA